CUGGACCCAUAGACAUCUACAACGUAUAUGCGCCACCCACCUUGAGAUAUAACUUCUAAGGUCUCAGUUGUAACUAUACAAAGGCUGCCCCACCCUUCAAACCGAAACGCAUUGCUGCUUCACGGCAGAAAUAGGUGGGGUGUUGGUACCUACCCGUGCGGACUCACAAGAGGUCCUACCACCAGUAAAGCUAGUUUCAAUCUACUACCAGAUUGGAAUGGUAACCCACUGAGAAGAUCCGGCGAGAAACUCAGUGGGCUGUGUCUAUGGGCUAGGCUGCAUGUCGAGCUCUUCAUCGCUUUCGGCGAGUUCGUCGUGAACGUUGGCCAUUGCAAGAGUUCGUCUGGAAGUCAUAGUACAAUCUGGCGAUUGCGAAACUUGCUUAUUGCCGUCGGGCUGUUGGACCAAAAUGUGCCUUCAACUCGUAUUGGUUGUACUGGCCUUGAACGGUGUGUUAUCACAGAGCCCGGGAUGCGACUUUGCGCAAAAUAUUGCCGUCGGAACUACGGUGGAUAUAAGCAGUCCGGGCUACCCUGGCAGCUACAGUCCCGGUAUUCAAUGUAGAUGGAUAACGAUAUGUCCCGUUGGAUACAAUUGUCAAAUAGAUUGCCCCAUAAUAUCCAUACCCCAAAGUUCUUCUUGCACAGAUCGACUAUUGCUCUCAAGGACGGGUGACCCCCAAUUGAAUGGCGCUGAAGUCUACUGCGGGAGAGGAACCUUAUCUGCAACUUCUGUUGGCCAAAGACUUAGUUUGGGGUUGAUAGCUUCAAGCUUAAGUACAGGCGGAUACUUCAGGUGUCGCGUAUACCCGGUGGCAUCAGUUCCUAGUCCAGCACCUUGCAGAUGCGGGGAAAGGAAGCAGACCCGCAUUGUGGGGGGUGAAGAGGCGAAAAUCAAUGAAUUCCGAAUGAUGGUCGGCUUAGUUGAUAUCAGCAUCAGGCAAAUUAAAUGCGGAGGUGCUUUGAUCUCUAAUAGGCAUGUACUGACCGCAGCCCAUUGUAUUGCCAACCAAAGAACGGAUAACAUAGGAGUUAUAGUUGGAGAACACGAUGUUUCCAUCGGCACAGAAUCGGCAGCUCAGGGUUACGUAGUACAAAGGUUUAUUAUACAUCCAUUAUUUACUGCUUCCAAUUAUGACUACGACGUGGCCAUAGUGGAAACAGCAAAGGAAAUAACGUUCAGCGAUAUAGUGGGACCGGCUUGUCUACCGUUCAAGUUCGUCAAUACCAAUUUCACUGGUUUAAAAGUUACCAUUCUUGGUUGGGGAACGUUAUUCCCGGGAGGCCCAACGUCUAAUGUUCUCCGUAAGGUAGACCUGGACAUCAUCAGCCAGAGCACCUGUAGGAGUUACGAGUCGACACUAACGGACAGACAGAUGUGCACAUUCACUCCUGGGAAGGACGCGUGUCAAGACGACUCCGGUGGCCCUCUGCUCUAUACAGACCCUAGUACCGGAUUGUUCUUCAACCUGGGCAUCGUGAGUUACGGUCGUUUCUGUGCAUCAAACAGUCCGGGCAUCAACAUGAGAGUCACCGCAGUACUGGACUGGAUCGUCUCGUCCACGCAAUAUAACUUCUGCAGGAAAUAAACGAUGGACCAAAGAUUUUGAAAUUAAACAUUUUUCUCUUUAA